CAAAAACGAAAUAUUUCCAGUAUCCAUGGAAAAUUUUUUUUGUAAAUAACUGAUUGAAAUUUUUCGCCUGACGUUUUUGAUUUCUUUUGUAAUUAGGUGCAAAAUUCCUGUUUAAAAUGAGGGAGUGUAUUUCCGUUCACGUCGGCCAGGCUGGUGUUCAAAUUGGGAAUGCCACUUGGGAAUUAUACUGUUUGGAACACGGGAUUUUACCGGAUGGCACGCUUCCCGGUAACGAGGGGUUGAUGGCCUCCACUGACAACUGCUACGGUACAUUUUUCUCCGAGGUCGAGAAUGGAAAGAUGGUUCCGCGGACGAUUAUGAUUGAUUUGGAACCUACAGUUGUUGAUGAGAUUAGAACUGGGAAGUACAAGCAGUUGUACCACCCCGAGCAGUUGAUCACUGGAAAGGAAGAUGCGGCUAAUAAUUACGCGAGAGGCCAUUACACUAUUGGUAAAGAGAUGAUCGAGGCCGUAAUGGAGCGGCUGUACAAGCUUGCCGAACAGUGCUGCGGUCUCCAAGGUUUCUUUGUGUUCCAUUCCUUUGGCGGCGGUACCGGUUCCGGAUUUACAUCCCUACUCAUGCAAAAGUUAUCGCAAGAUUUUGGGAAAAAAAGCAAGCUCGAAUUUGUAAUCUAUCCAGCGCCUCAGAUUUGUACCGCUGUAGUGGAGCCGUAUAAUGCGAUUCUAACGACGCACACUACUCUAAACCAAUCGGAUUGCGCCUUCAUGGUUGACAACGAGGCAAUCUACGAUAUCUGCAGGAAGAGAUUAGGCGUCGAGCGCCCCGACUACGUCAAUUUGAAUAGACUAAUCAGCCAAGUCGUUUCGUCGAUCACGGCCUCUCUUAGGUUCGACGGAGCUCUAAAUGUGGAUCUAACAGAAUUUCAAACCAACUUGGUUCCGUAUCCCCGAAUCCAUUUCCCUUUGGCGUCUUAUGCGCCGGUUGUGUCCUCUGAAAAGGCCUACCACGAGGGAAUGUCUGUAUCCGAAAUCACGGCGGAGCUAUUUGACCCCAGCAAUCAAAUGGUGAAAUGUGACCCGCGCCAAGGCAAAUACAUGGCUUGCUGCUUACUUUACCGUGGAGAUGUCGUACCCAAGGAUGUUAACGCGUCCAUCGCUCAAAUGAAGGCCAAAAGCAACGUUCGGUUCGUUGACUGGUGUCCAACGGGUUUCAAAGUGGGAAUCAACUAUCAACCACCUACCGUGGUGCCCGGGGGCGAUUUAGCUCGCGUUCAAAGGGCGGCAUGCAUGUUGUCUAAUACAACCGCUAUCGCAUCCGCUUGGAAUAAGUUAAACAGAAAAUUCGAUCUCAUGUACGCCAAGAGAGCUUUCGUCCAUUGGUAUGUUGGAGAGGGAAUGGAGGAAGGCGAAUUCAACGAAGCUCGUGAUAACUUAGCAGCACUUGAAUUGGAUUAUGAAGAAGUGUCGUCAGAGGGGUCCGGCGAUGGGGAUGAUGACAAGUAUGAAUAGUUGAUGUAGCGACUUAAAAAAAUUUGUUGUAUCACACCAUAUUAUGUUCGUCUAAUAAAUUGUACGACUUUGUCACUUUA